AUGGCAUCUGCAUUCUCGCCAGCGCAGCUCAGCAAGUAUCUCAAGCAUUUGGCACUGCCCCCUGAAUAUGACCAACACAUCGACAAUCCGCACUCUUUCCCCAAGACGGAAGACGCUCUCACGACUCUAUUCCGGGGUCAAAUCACACGCUUCCCAUACGACAAUCUGUCCGUGCAUUACUCCAACACCGACGUGAUUGACAUUCGCCCGGAAAGCAUCUACCCAAAAUUCAUGGGCCCCGCAGACUCCCAACCAUCGAGACGGGGAGGCUACUGCCUAGAAUGUAGUAUCUUCUUCUACCACGUUCUCCUCGGCUUGGGAUUCUUGACCUAUACCACGGGUGUCCGCAAUCGGGCACGAAUUGACGGCGUCCCUCAAGGCGAAUACAGAGGCUGGACGCAUAUUGUGAAUAUUGUGCAGCUUCCAUCGGGGGAGCAGUACCAUGUUGACGCUGCAUUUGGUGGCGAUGGACCUACGCGACCGCUGAGACUGGUUUCGGGGCAACCUGUGCAUAACCUCGGGACGCAAGAGGUGCAACUGGUAUAUGGAAAUAUUCCCAAACAGACACGCCCAGAGCAGAAGCUUUGGAUCUAUCAGUAUCGCAAUGGGCCAACCAAGGAAUGGAACUCUUUUUAUUCGUUCGCGGAAUUCGAGUUUUACCAAGAUGACUUUGAAGUGAUCAAUCGGUAUACGAGCUGGGAAGCUAGGGAUAGAGGCAAUUUUUGGAUCGUCAAGUUUCUCCGUGGUGGAGAGGUGGAUGGUCUUCCACUAAUUGAUGGUGAGGGUACUUUUGACGAUACGGAGGCAGUUCCAAUUGUGGGGAAACUCAUGUAUGUCAAUGGAGUGGUGAAGCUGAACAUGGGAGGAAAGACGCGGGUGAUUGAUUCAUAUCAGAGCGAAGAGGAAAAGUUUGCGGGUCUCAAGAAAUGGUUCGGGAUGACCUUUGAAUAG